AUGCUUCGAAAGAGUGUUACUGACAGUUUUGGGACUGUAAUAUCAUCCUUGAACACAACUCACUUGACAGAUAAAGUGAUUAAGAGAAGCAAACGAAUGAUAUUGGACACUCUGGGUGUAGGAUUAUUGGGAACCAACACCCAAGUCUUUAAAACAAUUCUCCAAUACAGCAAGAGGUAUACAUCAUCAGAGAGAAGCUGUGUGUGGGGACAACCUGGAACAUUUCUUGCUCCUCAGUAUGCUGCAUUUGCCAAUGGAGUAGCAGUGCACUCCAUGGACUUUGAUGACACCUGGCAUCCAGCAACACAUCCUUCUGGUGCUGUGCUGCCUGCUCUCCUGGCUGUGGCAGAGACUUUGCCAGUAAAACCCUCAGGUCUAGACCUGCUGCUGGCCUUCAACGUGGGCAUCGAGGUGCAGGGACGGCUACUGAGGUUUUCCAAAGAAGCCCACAACAUUCCUAAAAGGUUUCACCCCCCUGCAGUUGUUGGGGUCAUGGGAAGUGCAGCUGCAACUGCAAAGCUCUUGGGUUUAUCUCCAGCCCAGUGUGUCACAGCCUUAGCUGUAGCUUCUUCAUCCGCCGGUGCUCCCCUGGCGAACGCAGCUACCCAAACAAAGCCGCUCCAUGUGGGCAAUGCCGCCAGGAGGGGUCUUGAGGCUUCACAGCUGGCCCUCCUGGGUUUGGAAGGGAACAAGCAGAUCUUGGAUCUGGAAUCAGGCUUUGGUGUGUUCUACCAGGAUUACAAACCAUGCGAAGUAGCAGAGCUGUCCCCCACUACCCCCUACAAGUGGUUGCUAGAAGAUCAGAAUGUUGCAUUCAAACGUUUCCCUGCCCACCUUGGCAUGCACUGGGUGGUGGAUGCAGCUCUCAAAGCGAGGGCAGACAUCCUGGCCAGAGAGCCAAAGGCAGACCUCAGUCAGAUUGGACGGGUCACACUGAGAGUGCCUUCAUCCAGGUACAUCGACUGUCCCCUCCCUAUCACAGAACACCAAGCCAGGCAUUCGUUCCAGUUCAGUUGCUGCACUGCAUUGCUGGAUGGGGAGGUCACUGUUAGCUCAUUCAGCAGUGGCUACAUGAACAGAAAAGAACUCAGAGAUCUUAUGCUAAAAGUCAAACUGGAAAAUCCCCCAGAUAAUCAUUCCAACUUUGACACGAUGUAUUGUGAAGUUACAGUGGAGACAGAACAGGGAGAGACAUACACUGCUCAGUGUAACACUUUUUAUGGUCACUGGAGGAAGCCUCUAAGUCAAGAGGAUCUGGUGAGGAAGUUCAAAGCAAAUGCAACCACAGUGCUCACCACAGAAGCUGUGAAUGAUAUUAUAUACACUAUAGAUCACCUAGACACAAUCCCUGAUUGUACGGUGCUUGGCUCAUAUCUUCAGUAA